UUGCAGACGUUCGGGGGAUGAUGGGAGCACCUUGGCCAUUUAUGUAACCAACUUAAGACCCAAGCCCACUGGAGCAGUAGUUACGUAACCGGUCAUGAAUGUGAUGGCUGCGUAUUUCAUUGUUACUCGUGUCAAAUGAGUGAGAAAAAUCAAUGUACAGGACAGGAAUUUUACGAGUUUAAGACGUAAAUUUUGUGAAAUUGUGCAGCUGGUCUCUGCGUUCAAUACAUUAAUCUAAGAGAAUAACAAAAAUGCUGCAGUAAAAGACAGGGCUCUUUGCAGCUAAGCCCCGCCCACUGCACGUCAGUGAUUGGCUCGCUCUCAGAUGGUGGAAUGACGUCAUACUAAUUAUCGGUCCCAGAACGUAUUGAACAUCAUACAUUUGGGUUCCGGGAGUCGUGAAGUGAGCAAUCGAUAUCUCCUACAAAAGAUAAUAUGUUGAGUUAUUCAAUAUCACUACAAAGAUCUUCAGUUAUUUUGUUUGAGCACUUUUUUAGUUUCUCGUUUAUCAUGUGCCGCCUCAAUACACAAGCAGUGUUGACAUCUCCAAGUAUAUGGAUAAUGACUUACUGAGCUGUUGCGUUGAAGUCACCCGUAUUAUUUUCCAGUGUUCAGGAGAUGAGGUUGAACAGACCUAAACCCUUCUUUCCUGUUCACUGAAAAAAUAGCUCCUGGUAGUCAGCUGACAUUUGUUGGUUGCAAUCAAAGCAAGAAAGUGUGUGGGUCCUGAAACCUCAUCCCCUGCACACUGAAAAAUGGUGCUUGAGACUUCAGUACAAUAGUACAGUAAGUAUUUAUGCAUGUUCCUGAAGAUUUCAAUACUGCUUGUGUAUUUAUAGUAGGCAGUGCGUGAUAAAGAGAAAAGAUGCUCAGACAAAAUGAUCCAAGAUCUUCAUAAUGAUGUUAUAUAACUUAAUAUUACAUCUUUUAUCGGAGAUUUCAAUGGUGCACUUCACGACUCCAGGAAUCCAAAUCUGUGGUGUCAUCGUUCAUUCAUGGAGCUCAACUUUACUGAAUGGAGUCAAAUCCAUUCUGAGCGCCUCAGUGGCGUGAUUGAGGACCAGUAAAUAACCAGCAAAGACUGGCUGAAAAUGGAUUUGAACUUGACAAGACAGUGAACAUCAGGAGUCAAAGAGGGCCUCUUGAAAUGAACUCUUCAGGCAACAGAACUGUAAUCAAGCCUGGUGUUCAAACUGCUCAAGAUGGCGUCUUCAGGCACAGCCUGCCACCUGUCUCGGAGCUAAACAACAACAGAGUGCAGGACAAGGAAGACUCUCUUAAUCCCACUGGCGAAAGCACUCCAACCAGAGGUUCUCAGCUCAAUGGACAUACAGUACUACCCAGGAGGUCUACAGAGGCAGAAGAUGACCUCAACCAAGGUCUUCCAGAGACAAAGAGCUCUGUUAAAGCCUGUCCAUUGCGCAAUAUUCAGCAGCAAGCUAAGAGAACGUAUCAGGGUAUAAGGAAAUGGGUGGUGAUGCUGUUCCUGUACUUGGCAGGACCCGUCCCGACGAGGCAGAGUUGGAACAGCACAUCAGACAGCAUUAUGGGGCUGUUGGCUGUAGUGGUGGGCCUGGGAAACUUGUGGCGAUUCCCAUACUACUGCUACAAACAUAAAGGAGUGUACUUCAUCAUUGCCUACGGUGUUACCCUGCUGACAAUCGGCUUCCCUCUGAUGGUGGUCGACAUAUCUGUUGGACAGUAUCUGAGUCUGGGACCCACAAAUGCCUAUGCUUCAAUGGCGCCUUUAUUCUCUGGUCUAGGCUGGGCAAUGGUGGCAUCAUCUGCUCUUAUAAGCAUUUACUACGCUGUCGUUUUAGGCUGGACCAUCACUUAUCUUCAACACUCCAUCAGGAAAGACUUUACUUUCACCCCUAAUUGGACCGCUUCCAGACCUGGCUUAAUAGAAGAUAACUACCAAAAGGCAACGGAGUUUUUCAGAAAUGAAGUGGUGUACUUGAAAGGCGACAAGGACUUCGAGAUCCAACCUCAAUUAGUUCUGAGUCUCAGUCUAACCUGGCUGCUUGUCACGGUGAUCCUUGUCCGUGGCAUUAGGAGUUCAAGCAAAGUCAUGUACUUCACCAAUUUGAUUCCGAUUGCUGUGUUGUUAUUCCUUUUGGCUUAUAGUUUCGUGACGUAUGACUGGGAUGUCUGGAACAAAAGCUUCAACUUAUAUUUCUCCCCAACUCAGGUAACUGUAGCCAUACCUGUAUUGUAGGUAUUUUGUUUGCACUUAU